AUGGCGACAACUCCGCUACCAAAACUUCAGAUCUUUCUAGCUCUAUUGAUCCAGCUGGCAGAACCGAUAACAGGAAUGGUCAUCUAUCCUUUUAUCACGAGAGCUGUUCGACGCACUGGUAUCACUGGAGGGGACGAGAAGAGGACCGGUUAUUAUGCUGGUAUCCUCGAAAGCAUUUUCUUCCUCGCUGAAAGCCUCACUGUAUACCACAUGGGGCGCGUCUCUGAUCUCUACGGACGCAAACCGAUCCUUCUGAUUGGUCCACUGGGACUGUCAUUAACGAUGCUGAGUUUUGGACUUUCACAAUCAUUUUGGGGUAUGGUAGUCACUAGAGCAGCCAUGGGGGUUUUCAACGGUAAUAUCGGUGUAUCGAAAACCAUAAUGGCCGAAAGCACGGAUGAAACGAACAGAGCUGAUGCGUUUACGUUGAUGCCCAUCGUGUGGACGACUGGUACCACUCUCGGACCUACUAUCGGAGGCGUACUGGCAGAUCCCGCCGCACGGUGGCCACACAUCUUCGGCAAAUUCGCCUUCUUUCAACGGAAUCCUUGGUUCCUCUCCUGUUUCGCCGCAGGAUUCUUUGCAUUUUCCGCCUUUUUGUUAUCUCUUUGGGGGCUCAAAGAGACUCUACCAAGUAAAGUGAAGCGGCAACACACCUCUGAAUCUGAAGCAUUACUCUCCAACGAUCCGGAAACAUCACAGACUUAUGGUUCCGUCGAAAAUCGAGAAGGCCCUUCUGAACGUCCCCCCACCACUCGAGCGCUGCUCACGGAUUCAAAAUUACGAAUUACGCUGCUGAGCAUGGCUUUCCUCGCUUUCACCGACAUGUCGUACCAAGUUCUCAUACCCCUGAUAUACACCACCUCGAUUCCGUUUGGCGGGCUAGGCCUCUCUCCAUAUCAAGUUGGUCUGAUCCUAGGUAUUUUCGGAUUCGCGAACGGUGUCUGGAACUGGGCAAUUUUAACGAAGUUCCUGAAAAAACUGGGGCCUCGCAAAACAGUCCUUGUUUUCUAUUCAUUUUUCUUGUUACACUUUUCGCUCUUAUGGAUCUUGCGCGAUGUUGCAGCACAUGUCGGAGAAGUUACACCCCUAAUCUGGGCGCUUCUCAUUUUCCAACUCUUUGUAUCGACCGUGAUAGUUACAGCAUUCAAUGCGAUGCAUUUGUUGGUUGUUAUCAAUGCCCCGCCUAAUUCUCUAGGCUCUGUCAACGGACUGGCUCAGAUGAUUUCCUCCGGUACCAGAGGGCUCGCACCUGUUUUCGCAUCCUCUUUAUAUUCGCUCUCUUUGGAAUCCCAAAUCGCUGGAGGCCAUCUGGUGGAGAUUGUGCUCAUUGGCGUCACAAUCAUCGGCAUAUAUUGUAUUUCGUGGCUACCUCAUUGA